AUGUAAAAUUCAUAUCGAUAAGAGGAAAAUCAGACACAAAAUAAAAAUCUAAGCUAAGUUCCACCUCCUUUUGUAAUGGGAUAUAACCCGCCGCAUAAUCAAUUUAUGCAGCCCUACUAUUACGGUCCUCCACCUCAAGGAAUUAUUUAAGGGCAAUUCCCAUAGUCGGAACUUAAAACACAAUCUGAUUUAAACUAGAUUCCAUAAAACUACUUCUAAAAUCAAAACUACCAAGAAAAUUUCCUGUUGAAUCAAAAAGAGGAUGAUCAGGUAGAUAAGACACCUAUACAAUUCAAUUCUGCUUAAGAAAGUUAUGGUUAUGAUUAAGAGUAUUACUAAUAGUCAGCUUUACCAAUGGAAACUAUUUUUGAACACAAGGAUGAGCAUGAAACUUCGUAAAUAUUAUAAAAGAAAAGGAUUAAGAAAAAGUCUAGUUCAAAGUCUAGAACAAGAGGCUAAUCAGAAACAGAGAGAAAGAGAAUGGAGGCAGAUUAGUUUUUAAGGUCUAUUCAAACUAAGCAAUAAGACUAAGUUGUCGAUUUACAAAAGCAAAAGAUUGCUAAAGAUUUAACUUCAGCUAUGGAGAUGAGUUAAUUCUCUUAAUUUUCAGAUGAAAAUUUCGUCAAUAUAAAAAAAUACAAAGUAAAUCAACUCCCUGAAAACAUUAAGCUAAAAGAUCAAGAAGAUAUUUUAUUUGAUUUGAAUUAGUUGAAAUAAGAAAAUAAUAUACAAAAAGAUGAGAUUAAAUUGCUAAAAGCUGAGAUAGUAAAACUUAAGAAAAGUGGUGCUAAUUAGUAGAAAACAUCAAAGAACUAAAAUACUUUUGAUCCAAAUUUAAUGGAACCAUAUGAUCUUGAAAAGCUUAAAGCAGAAUUAAAUUCUUUGAAAAAAGAACUCCAUUAAGAAAAAGAGUCUAAUAAAAUUCUCAAGGCAUCUUAAGAAUAAUAUAAAAAGAGAGCAUAUUAUGCUAAAAAUAAGUUUUACGAAGCUAAAGAAAAAUUCAAUAAAGAUCAAGAUCCCACUAACGCAGAAAGUAAGUAUAGGCUAAAAAACACAGAACUCAAGAAUUUAAUUAAGAAAUUGGAAGAGGGAAUGGACGCAUAGAAGGAUGAAAAUAACUAGCUUAAGCUUAAGUUAUCAUAAACUAUCGAGAGCAAUAAAUUCAGAGAUGAGUAUGAAAAAGCUCAAAAAUUGAUUAAGAAACAAGAAUUAAAGAUUCAACAAUUGGAAUCUGAAAUUGAGUAAAAUAGGUAUGAUAUGGACAUGUAAAGAUAGAUUGAGAUAGCAAUGAGAAAGGAAGAUGAGAUAAAUUAGAGCUAGAGUUCUGAUGAAAAUGAUAAGUUGUAGAGUAAUUAUCAGCAGGAAUAAUCAGAAUAAAAUGAUACUUAAAAUGACUUAGAUUCGUCCUCUUUUUCAUCAAAAAAAUUUUCAAAUAAAAAUAUCCAGCCUAAAAAAUAAAAUGUUUAGACCUUGACUUAAAUAAAGGAUAAUAUCAAAACAAAAGAUUAUGUUUCAGCUACAUUAAUGGCAUGGAAUAACUGUCCGUCUAUAGUAAAAAAGCAACUUGAUGAGCAAAGCAAAGAAAUCAAAGAACUCAGAAUGUAAAUCAAAGAAUUUGAAUUAAAAUUGAAAUUGAGGAAAAAUGACUUUGAUAAAGUUUAAGGAGUAGAAAUGAAAAAAGACUUAAUGAAACAUAAGGAAAAAAUAGAGAGCAUUUACAGAUAAAAAUUGGAAGAUGAGAAAAGAAGAAUUUUGAAGAUGCAGAUGGAGGAGUUUGAAGACUUAGUUAAAGAGAACAAGGAACUAAAAGAUGAACUUGGAAAAAUCAAACUUAUCCUUGCAAAGAAAUGA